UGCUGCAUGCCGGGAGCGAGUUUUGUAGCUUAGAGACCACGGAAAAUAAACAAGAGCGCUUAGGCCUGUUUGCGGCGUUUAUUAUGAUGACUGGAAACGUGCGCGGUGCCCGAGAUCCUACUGUUGCCGGCUGCGAUGAAGGCGAUUAUGAUGAACGAAUCCGACGUAUUCAGGCACGUCUCCGGCACAGUGAGUCAAAGAGGAUGGAAUUGGAAAGAAAAAUGCUUGAAUACAGCACACCUGAUACUUCCAUAACUAAAUUGAAAUACACAAAUCUAAAAAAAUAUUUAAAUGAAAUAUGUGAACGGCAGAAGAAAUCUCUGCUCCGAAACCAAGAUUUAUUAAAAGAAUUUGAUUGCAUUGAAGCUCACAUUAGGAAGUUUGCUUCAAGAUCAGAGUCCCUUCAAAUGCUAAAGGCAGCGCAUGAAAAAGAAAUUAAAAAUAGGCUGUUAGUUGAGAGAAAAGAUACGUUAAAACAAGAAAUGAGAGAUGCUACUGAACAUCAG